CGGCACCGUCGCCGGCUGUGCGCUGAUGGUGAUGCUCGUGGAGGUUAGGGGCACGGACUUCGUCAAGGAGUCCUUCCCGUCCACGUUCAAGAGCAAGUGGUGGGCCUGGACCGAGGAGACGAUGCAGGCCUACGGCGCUGUGGCGGCGGUUCCAGUCGCAGCGAUGCCAAUCAUCUUGCACCCUCUCAUUUUCUUCGCGAAGCUCUCGAACAUGAGCAAUGCAUGGCUCCUGGGUUCGAUCCUGGUGGGAAGGAUCGAUCGUCAAGUAUUGCAUCAUGGCCCAGAUGGCCUUAGUGGCGCCCUCGGCGCUCAGGUUUUUCGGCGCCUCUCAGGACCAGAGACCAUCGGGAAGGUCCAGAAGGCGGAGUGACGGCCACACAUGACGACGCCAGCGCCUCCCGAAAGCGGUGGUGCGGCUCGGGCGCACGGGCGCGGCCCCCGAGGAGAAAGGCCACGGCGGCGCGGCCUCUCGCACCGCGCCUGAGGGCCCUCGCCAGGGAUGUCCGCGGCUCGGUCGGUUCCCGUGAGGUCCUUUCGGCGGC